CUCUCUCUCUCUCUCUGUACUUGUUGUUUCUCUCUCUCUCUAGAAGAUAUAUCUGUCUUCGAUUUCUCUCUCUGCCUAUAUCUCUCAAACUCACUGUUCCCUUAUUUCAGAGACAAGUGUCUCUUCCAUGCUUGUUCAGAACUCUAACGAGGAAUCAAUCAACGCGAUAGAGAGAGAAGAGAUAAAGGGGGAAUAAAAAAGACAUCUCCUGCUUGCAUACGUAAAAUAGCUCUGCAGAAUCUCAUAUCCAGAGAGAGAGAGAGGAAUGCACGGAUGCAAGUGUUUUCUGGGAUUAUCAUACUUGUUCACUGAAUCAAAAAUAAAUGAAUGACACGUUUUAUCUGAAGAUCAUUUCUGCUGCUGGAUUCUCGCUUAUUUUUAUUUCUUAGCCCUUCUUAAAUCUUGCUGUACAAAGCCAUUCUUAACUCUUGCUGUACAGAGCCAUUCUCAUGGCUGGUAGUAAUGAAGUCAAGCAAAAUGAAUCCAAGAGGGUAGUUCCGCUGAACACAUGGGUCCUCAUCUCUAAUUUCAAGCUUGCAUAUAAUCUCCUUCGCCGCCCCGACGGGACCUUUAACCGUGAUUUGGCGGAGUUCCUUGAACGUAAAGUGAAUGCCAACACCAUUCCAGUUGACGGGGUUUUCUCCUUUGAUUACGUCGAUCGAGCCACAGGCCUCCUUAACCGGGUUUACCAACCUGCCCCUGAAAAUGAGGCUCAAUGGGGCAUUGUAGAGCUUGAAAAGCCUUUGAGCAGCACUGAGAUUGUCCCAGUUAUAAUCUUCUUCCACGGUGGAAGCUUCACUCACUCCUCUGCCAAUAGUGCUAUCUAUGACACCUUCUGUCGCCGCCUUGUGAGCGUUUGCAAGGCUGUUGUGGUGUCUGUUAAUUAUCGGCGGUCACCUGAGUACCGGUACCCAUGUGCAUAUGAUGAUGGUUGGGCAGCUCUUAAAUGGGUUAAGUCAAGAACUUGGCUUCAAAGUGGGAAGGAUUCCAAGGUUCAUGUAUAUUUGGCUGGGGAUAGUUCAGGUGGAAAUAUAGCUCACCAUGUUGCAGUGAGGGCAGCGGAAGCUGAUGUUGAAGUAUUGGGUAAUAUCCUUCUGCACCCAAUGUUUGGUGGGCAGAAGAGAACUGAAUCAGAGAAGAGAUUAGAUAGCAAGUACUUUGUUACAAUUCAAGAUCGUGACUGGUAUUGGAGAGCAUAUCUACCCGAAGGGGAAGAUAGAGAUCAUCCAGCAUGUAAUAUCUUUGGCCCUAGAGGGAGAAACCUCGCCGAACUCAAAUUCCCUAAAAGUCUAGUCGUUGUGGCUGGUUUCGAUCUUGUUCAAGAUUGGCAAUUGGCUUAUGUUGAAGGACUACAGAAAGCUGGCCAUGAAGUGAAACUUCUUUAUCUAAAGCAAGCCACAAUAGGGUUCUAUUUUUUGCCAAAUAACGAUCAUUUCUAUUGCCUCAUGGAGGAGAUUAAAAACUUCGUCAAUCCUAACUGUUAAUAUACUACUUAUCCUUACGUACAGGCAGCCAAUACAUAACAGAAGCUUGACACUUUAACUUGUGUUCUCCUUUUUUUUCUUCCCCUUUUGCAGUCAUGGUGUGUAGUUAUAAGAAUGUGUAGUAUUACUUCUUACCAUAUCACCACUUGGUGAGGUGAUAUGAGUUCUGUUUCAGCAGAGACUAGUUGUUGUUGGUCUGGAGACCGGAGAGUACUGCUUAUGUCUUGUGGGUGCAUAGAAGUAUUCAAGCGGAGAGGGCCAGUUUCAGCGGCUACUGACGAUCAGAACUUGUUAAUGGCAUUCAGCUGAGCCACCAGAUAAAAAAUUAAGCUUUACCCUGGUUCACUUCUAGCCAUAAAUAAUGGGGAAGGAAGAAGUGUGUGGGUAAUGUUUGGUGGCUUGAUCAAUUGGUUUUAGUGAGUUGGCAAUUUACAAGCACUAAUUUCAGACUGGAACAUAUCCAAUCUUGAUAUGACUUGUAUGUUAUACUUGUGUUGUAGAAUAUAUAAAAGAUUUUGUUUGCAUUUA